AUGACGUCGCCUGCCCGGCCCGCAUUAAUAGACGAUUCGCCCCGAUCCCCUCCCAGUCCGCCGCGGUCAUUUCAAUGCCUCUCUUCUCCACUUAACACUCGCCAGACGAGGUCAAUAUCGCAACGAGGAAAACAGAUCAACGAGCCCAAGGAUCCCUGUGGCAGUGUCAAACCAUCUCCACCCAUCAGAUCCUGUGUCGACCUGUCAUUGAACGGCUACAAUGAGUCUGCUGUUGCGGACACGGGGGCUCAGGAAAACUUUAUCUCGGCCAGGCUCGCGGCCAGGCUCAAGUUGCAGAUUCGGAAACAAGCCAAUGCACCGGGCAGUUUCCCUCCCCAGUUUAUCAACGCUGUCGGCCAAUCAAUGAAGGUGCUUGGCUACGUGACCGUUUCCUGCAAGUUCACGCACGAGGCUGAAGAGAUAUCCGAGAACCGAUUCUGGGUGCUCCCCGGUCUGAUCGUCCCCUUGAUCGUGGGAAGAAAGUUUCUCGAAGUCACAGAGUGCUUGACCGAAUUCCGCUACCGCCUUCGAAAGACCACAUCAUUACAAUAA